AUGGCAAACUCCAAAGACCAAAUCCUCAGGCGUCUAGGAAUCUCCGAAGGCGCGUAUUCCCAGAUACGAGAGUUUCUACGGAAAAACGUUGAUUGGACUGCUUUCGCCGGUGGUUACGAGGGCUUCACGGCCCUCCCGGAGGAGAAUCUGGCAAACCUGAAGCAGAAGCUGGUCAGGCGGUUCCCCGCGCUCGACGGAAAGGACGACGAGAUUGUCUGGAUCAUCAAGAGACGAUAUCGGAAUCACCAAACCAUAAAGAAGCGGAAAGAGAAGCGAGCUAGCCGACUCAUCGGAGAACGCAAGACCGACGAAAUCCGCAUCGUUGACGAAGCACGAACUCGCGAUAGUCAUAUCGACAAACGGCGCGUGGCUAGCAUCAACUAUCUGCUAAAUCCGUCAUGA